AUGUCUCUCUCGACCGGUUCAAUUCCUUCGUUCAAGGAGCGACGUCCAUUCCAUGCUCGAGAGAAAGAUGUCGCAGAGAUCAGACGCCAGCAGCCAAACAAGGUCCCUGUAAUUAUCGAGAGAUUUGAUGGUGAACGAAGUCUUCCACUGAUGGAUCGCUGCAAAUUCUUAGUACCGGACCAUAUUACCGUAGCCGAGCUCAUGCAUAUCAUUCGACGCAGGUUGCAGCUCCAUCCUGAGCAAGCUUUCUUCUUGCUGGUCAAUGAAAAAUCUGUAGUUUCCAACUCUAUGACAAUGUCUCAACUUUAUCAAACGGACAGGGAUCAAGACGGAUUUCUAUAUGUUGUCUACACCAGUCAACCGGCUUUCGGAUCCUCCAUAACCCUGUCUCAGCGUUUCAUUACUAUUCGUGGCCAUUCAUCUUGA